UGUAUGCCUGUUACAGUUUGUUGUGUCACAAUUGCCCUUUAACCCACUUUAACCAUACAGACAUGAUACGCACGAUACGCGCGCCACUAUUGCAUUUCUGUGGAAGAAAAAUAACACGUGGCACCUCUCAAGAUUGAUAUGUAAUAUAAGAGUACACAGCAAUUAAUUGAUCUUGUAGGAUUCAUCUAAUAGAGAUAUAGCGUUUGGUGAAGACGAAACUCUUAGCGCAAAUAUUUUAAUUCCAUAGCACACGAUAAAAAUCAGAAUGAUAUGCUAUUUUGACAGAUUGUGACGUCACUCGAUAAACGCGGCAAAUUUGCGCCGUCCAGGUCACAUUUCACAAACACAAGGUCGUGAGUACACAUAUUAGAAUCUGUAGGACACAUUCGGCUUUCUCAGAUUUUCAAAACACGAAUGGCUAUUUUUAAAUAAAAAUUUUUUGACAGUCAAAAAAUGAGUCAAUUGCAGACUCAUUUAAUUGCUGCUGCUAUCGGAGCAACUAUUGGUGUUAUAAGUGCAGCUAGUAUUUUCAUUUACCAGAAAGUUUUGGAGAAACAACAACAUGCUAUGAAAAAUGCUCACUUAGAUGAAGUCGACCGUCGUCUGACAGAAUUACAAACAGAAUUGGAAAGAUUGAGAAUACAACAAAGUCAACAGAGAAAGAAGAAGCUUAGUCGUAAACAUGAUAAUGAUAAUACAUUUACUGUAACGGAUAAUGAUACUGAUGGCUUUUCAACAGCAGCCACAGAUAUUGAUGAUGAAUUUUUUGAUUGUUCAGAUAGUGAAAAUAAUAUAAGUGAUAUUGAAAAUAGGACAAUUGAAGCCACCUACCCUGGAUUAGACCUUUCUAUCUUUGAUAUACAUCACCAUCAUGAAGGAUAUGAAGAAGAUGAUUAUUUCAAAUUACAAAGUUUUACAGAAAGUUAUCCAAAUAAUGUAAAUGUAAUAUGGAGAUAUGCCAGAAGUUGUUACAAAUAUUCAAAUUAUAUCACUGAUCCAAAUGCAAAAAAAGUUACAAUCUGCGCAGGAAUUGACGCCUGUGAGAAGCUUCUUAAUAUACCAAAUGCAGAUCUGCAUAAAUGGUAUGCUAUACUUGUGGGUGUAUAUGGUGAAUUUUUGCCAAUAACAGAGAAAAUAAAGAAUGGUUACCGUUUCAAGGAACAUGUAAUGAAAGCAUUAAAAAUAAAUCCAAAUGAUGCUGAUUUACAUCAUCUACUCGGCAGAUUCAAAUAUGAGGUGGCUAACUUAAGUUGGAUAGAGAGAAAGGUUGCUACAACAUUAUUCUCGGAGCCACCAAGUGCCUCAUAUGAAGAUGCAAUUGAUAGCUUCCAGAAAGCGGAGAAUUUUUCAAUCGAAGUAAAUCUGCAAAAUCGACUAUUUCUAAGCAAAUGUUAUAUAGCAUUGAACAAGUAUGAAUUGGCUUGUGAUUGGCUAGAGAAAAUUUGCGAUUUUUCAGUUGUGAGCAAAGAUGAUGAAAAAAUACAAAACGAUGCUCGUCAACUUCUUACCAAAUAUUUGAAAUAUCAUCAGUAACAUAGGAGUUUUAAUAGACCUGGAUAUAUUCAUAUGUUUUAAAUAUUAAUCCUAUAAUAUACGUAAUUUAUAAAAUAUAAGAAAGGGAUAGAGGAAAGAAAAAGGAAGUGUAAAAGCAUCUUUAAAAUUAUAUGGAGAAAUAUAUAACAAUUUUAUCAUCGAUAAACUUUUAUAUAUAAAACUCUAAAAUGGCUAUUACAUGUAUUUUUUGGUAAAAAGUAUAAAAUAGCAUGAAAUGUGUUUUAAAAAACAAAUUUCUAACGAACUAUUAAGAAAAUAUUUUAAAAUUUAGUUAUUUUAUUUUUGGCAAUCUUAUCAUAUAAAUAUUGAACCUAUUGUACUUUAUAUUAUGUAUUUUUUAUAUAAAAAAAAUAAUGUGAAUUUACUGUUAUGUUAUAUUAUAGGUAAUGGUUUUAUCUUAUUAUUUUCUAUUUCCUAAUAAAAAUAAUGCAAUAUAGUAUAUAAA